AUGGCCAAUGAAGGACAAAAUUUGCUAAGCAUCCCCAAAUUUGACGGCGACUUUGAAUUACUAGAGAUGAAGCUCGGAGAAUCAGUGAUUGACUACUUUGGCAGAGUGAUGAUUGUAGCUAAUGAUAUGAGAAACUAUGGAGAAUACAUGCCGGAUGUAAAGAUUGUUGAGAAGAUUCUGUGUACACUCACAGAAAGAUUCAACUACAUUAUGUGCACAAUUGAAGAAUCAACGGAUAUUGAUCGUCUCACUGUUGAUCAAUUGCAAAGUUCCUUGCUUGUACACGAGCAAAAAUUCAGAAAGGCUGGAGGAGAUGAGCAAGCACUAAAGGUGUCAUAUGAGGACAAAAUAGGAGGACGAGGGAGAGCACGAGGAGGCUUUAGAGGCAAUGGAGUUAUGAGAGGCAGAGGUAGAGGUCUGAAUAGAGCAACCAUUGAGUGUUUUAAGUGCCAUCAUUUGGGGCACUUUCAGUAUGAAUGUCCGAAGUGGGAAAAGGCUGCCAAUUAUGCCGAGAUAGAUGAGGAGGAAGAACUGCUUCUAAUGGCUUUUGUGGAAGAGAACAAAUCAAGUAGAGAAGGGGUGUGGUUCCUUGAUUCAGGCUGCAGCAAUCAUAUGACAGGGAACAAAUAG